AUGGGCAAUGUAACUGGAACUGUGGCUGCGAAAUUCGCUUUUUUCCCGCCAGACCCACCAACGUACGAGGUUUUCAGGGGGCAAGAUGGGAGGCUCGUGUUCUCCGGCGUCACCGCCGACAAAAACGUCGACCUUCAUCUUCUUCAUACAAAAGGUGGCAACAAGAUCGUUGCCACCUUCUGGAAACACCCUUUUGCAAGGUUCACCUUUCUCUACUCGCAUGGCAAUGCCGCUGACUUGGGUCAGAUGCAAGAGCUUUUCAUUGAGCUCAGGGCUCACCUUCGUGUCAAUAUCAUGAGCUAUGACUAUUCAGGAUAUGGAGCAUCUACAGGUAAGCCAAACGAGUUGAACACAUAUUAUGACAUAGAGGCUGUGUAUGAUUGUUUGAAGAAUGAGUAUGGAAUUAAACAAGAAGAGCUAAUUUUGUAUGGUCAAUCGGUUGGUAGCGGACCCACGGUGCACUUGGCUUCUAAGUUGCGGGAGUUGAGAGGUGUUGUUAUUCACAGUGGCAUCCUUUCAGGGCUAAGGGUCUUGUACCCUGUCAAGAUGACAUUGUGGUUUGACAUAUUCAAAAAUAUAGACAAAAUAAGGCAUGUUAACUGCCCAGUCUUAGUUAUACAUGGAACAAAUGAUGAUAUUGUUGAUUGGUCCCAUGGAAAGCGAUUGUGGGAACUUUCCAAGGAAAAAUAUGACCCUUUGUGGGUUAAGGGUGGGGGCCAUUGCAACCUUGAAACUUUCCCUGAAUACAUCAAGCACUUACGCAAGUUCCUAAAUGCCAUGGAGAAACUCUCGAUCACAGGACAAACGAACAAACAACUCACUGAAAAUCCUAGUAUUAGUGAAUCCAGAACAAACAAAUGUUUAAUAUUUUGUAAAAGGUAGCUUUAUCUAUUUUGAGGUUUUUGAUG